CAUUCCCAUCUAUAACUCUUGGAGCAACAGAGAGGAGGAACCCUGAACGUGGGGCUGUGUGUGGAAGUGUGAAAGGUGAGGAUGGGAAACUUGGCACCUCUGAUCCCAGCAACUCCCAGUGCUGGUGGGGCAGUCAUCAAAUACCUCUUUUAACACCCGUGUUUAUUGACAUCUUUUGGCAGUGUGACCUUUUUCCCACUACUCUACAAUGACUCUGUCCCCCAAACCUGGGCUAAACCCUGAUCUAUUUUCCCCGCUCACUCAACUCUCUCUAUAACCUUCCUUCCCCUUUAACCCCUCUCUCUGCAGGUGACCCACAGGGACCCCAGCCAUGCCAGGCAACAAAGCCUCCAAGCAAAAGCCUUGCCACCACUGCAACAGCAGGUUGGCCUCAGCCCCUCCAGGCACCUCCACGAUCCACUAUGAGAAGUCAUGGCUGUACCGGCACUGCUCCCUGCAGCAGAGGGACAGACAGGCUCAGAAAUCAGGGCAGCUGUUCUCAGGGCUGCUGGCCCUGAACGUAGUGUUUCUGGGCAGUGCUUUCAUCAGCAGUAUGAUUUUCAACCAUGUGGCCAUCACGCUGGCGGACGUCUGGAUCCUGCUGUCCAUCCUCAAGGUCUUGUGCCUGUGCUGGAUUAUCUACUACCUGCUGGGCACCAGCCGGCAGCCGCACGCUGUGCUCUACCGGGACACCCAUGCUGGGCCAGUGUGGAUUAGGGGGUCGCUGCUGCUGUUUGGCACUUUCAGCAUCCUCCUGAACGUCUUUCAGAUCGGCUUCAGCGUCAUUCAAAUCAACUGCAAAUCCAAAGUGGAAAUCGUGUUCCCCAGCAUUGAAAUCCUGUUUGUUGCCACGCAGGCGUUUUUCUUAUGGCAUCACUCUAAGGACUGCAUUCAAGUUCAGCACAACCUCACCAGAUGCGGGCUGAUGCUGACCAUCGCCACCAACCUUCUGCUCUGGCUGCUGGCGGUGACCAAUGACUCCAUCCACAUGGAGAUCGAGUCUCAGCUGCGAGAGGUGGAGCAGCGCCUGGCAGGCAAUGAGACGGACUCGUGUGCAUGCCCAAACACCACCACCUGCAAAGUCUUCCAGAAGGGCUACAUCCUGCUCUAUCCCUUCAACACCGAGUACUGCCUCAUCUGCUGCUCUGUGCUGUACGUCAUGUGGAAGAACGUGGGGCGACGCAUCAGCCACCACCACAUUGCUCACGUCAAGCCCAAAUUCAAGCUCCAGGGAGUGGUCUUCGGGCCACUGCUGGGUGCUGCCGCCGUAAUCAUUGGGAUCUGCGUCUUCAUGAUGUACCAGAUCCAGGCCACAGGCUCAGCUCCCAAUUACCAGGUCUUCGUGUUGUAUUAUUCCUACUACAUUGUGCUCCUGCCCCUGAUGUGCGUGGUUGCAAUUAUUGGGACAAUCAUCCACACCUUGGAAAAAAGGGAGCUGGACACACUGAAGAACCCAACCCGCAGCCUGGAUGUGGUGCUGCUGAUGGGAGCAGCCCUCGGCCAGAUUGCCAUGUCCUACUUCUCCAUUGUCGCCAUCGUGGCCACCAACCCCAGGGACAUGCUGAACAGCCUCAUCCUGUCCCAUUCCGUCCUCCUCAUCUUUCAGUAUAUCACCCAAAACAUCUUCAUUAUCGACGGGCUCCAACGGCAGCCAUUCGUAGCAGCAGAGGCCCAGCACACAACGCAUGCUGGGCAGCUUUCCGCAGUCCCAGAGCUGCCUGGUGAAGGGGUGACAACACCGAGCAGCGAUCAGGAGCACUCACAGACCUCUCCCAGCAAGGAGGAAGAAGUGAGCGAAGAGCACAGUCGCGAAGCCCAUGAGCAGAGGCGAGUGAGCGUGCUGGAGCUCGGGCAGGAGUUCCGGAGAGUUUCCCUGUCCUACAUCCACACCUACUCCCACCUGAGUUGGAAGAGGAAAGCAUUAAAGGAGAUCUCGUUCUUCUUGGUUCUUUGCAACAUCAUACUGUGGAUCAUGCCCACGUUUGGGGCUCACCCUGUGUUUGAGAACGGGCUGCAGAAGUCAUUUUACGGCUACUCCACCUGGUUUGCCAUUGUGAACUUCGGCCUCCCACUGAGCGUCUUCUACCGCAUGCACUCCGUCGGGGGGCUCCUGGAGGUGUACGUCUCAGCCUGA